AAUGCUAAUCCUUUCUUCUGUUUUCUUCGCAAUGAUUACCAAAACCGGCGCCGAAGGGGAUUACAACAUCAGCAAGUACACCCAUUCGCCUGGUAUUCAUUACGAACAAAUAGGAACCGUUAAGCUUUAUAACGAUGAAUUCGUAUUAAUAACCUAUUUAGACAUAAGUAAUCAUAAUAAAAAGUUUGCACAACUUGAAUUAUAUUAUGAAAAGACAGCCAGUAUUUGCGAAAGUCAAGCUUUCAAAAGCUAUAGUGAUUUCAAAAUAGUUAAUGUAAAUAAUUUAAAAGUUUGCGACUAUUUUUUGAGAGCCUCUAAAGAAUCGUUAAACAAAAUCAAAAUGGAGAAAAACAAUUUAGUGAAAAUGAGGAGUCAUUAACAAACUUAAUGAAAGAACAAACUGUGGUAAUUAAAUCGACAAUUUCAAAUUUUAAUGCGACAUUAGGAAACUUGGAUCACAACGAAAAAAUAUUAAUCGAAAAUAUGAAUAAAAUUGAAAAGGCUUUAAACGAUAAAAAUUCACAAAUAAAUUAUUUAGAUUUAAAGGUAGCUGUAGACGAACAUAUUUCUAUGUUUAAUUUAAUGUUUAAUCAAUAUCAACUAGAAACCAUAUCCCUAAUUAAUGCAGUUUUAGUUGCACAAAAAGGUCAGUUGCAUCCAACAGUACUAACUCCUUCCAGAUUAGUUUCCGAAUUACAAAAGGUUUCACAUAACUUGCCUCAAGGCUUAGAAUUUCCGUUACCACUUCAAAAUGAAUUCGCUCACCUACUUCUUAAUACGAUUGGAUUAGAUGUAUAUUUCCAAAAUCCGCAUUUAGUGUAUAUUAUUAACGUACCAUUAACAGAUAGUAGAGAGUACAGUAUCUUUAAAUUAUCACCUUUACCUGUUCACGUCAUUGAAAAUAAAUACAUAUUCAUUCAACCAAUUUCAAAAUAUUUAGCUGUAAGUGAUAAUAAACAACAUUAUUUGACUAUAUCAGAAAACCAAUUCACAAAAUGCAAGAAGUUCCAUUCAUAUAACUAUUUAUGUAAACAACAACAACCUAUAUAUUUGGCGUACCGCCAUGAAAUUUGUGAAAUUAAAUUAUAUAGAAGUAUUAGUAAAGUUCCUAGUUCAUGUGAUAAAAGAAUUACAGAACUCGAAAAUAGCAUUUGGACUCAACUAACACUUUCAAAUUCUUGGAUAUAUGUAAUUCCUAAAGAGGAAUCAGUAACUAUAAAUUGUAAAAAUACAAAUCCGUUUGACAUACGGCUCUUUGGAGUUGGUAAAAUUAGUUUAAGAAAAGGGUGCAAGGCAUACUCUAGUUCGGCAAUGUUAAUAUCUCAUUCAAUAUUUUCGGAUUCUACAAUCUUUUUAGAAUACGUACCCAAUGUAGAUUUAGACUUCGAUUGCUGUGAAGAUAAUAGUAAUAGUAAGAUAAAUAUAACACAAAUUAACUUAAGUAAGCAUUAUAAGGUUAUUUCUAGACAUUUAGAUGAUUUAAACAUAGCUAGCCAUAAGUUAGAUGAAAUAGACAAAAUAAAUGAUAAAUUAAGAAACAAUAUUCAUAAUCAAGCUAUUGUACACAAAUAUUCUAUAUUGGCUUAUAUCGUAGGUAGUAUUGUAUUACUGUUAAUUUUUUAUUGUAUUUGUAAGAAGACAAAAAACUGUUGUGGUAUAUGUUCAAGAGCAGGAUUAUGUAUACAUUUUAAACAACGUGUAAACACAAACGUCCCUCAGACACACAAUAUGUACUUUGACCGAGAAUUAGAUGCUGUAUCAAUUAGAAAUAGUAGACAUGGCUCAGAACCAUCACCCGAGUUAUGCGAUAGAAAUUCCGCAGCUUGUAAUACAAACGCAAUAGUAGGACGGCGUCCAACUAAAAAUUUGUAAAAUUGUAACCAAAUUUUUCUUUAAGGGGGAA